AUGAGUUGCCGUCUUCAGACCUCUUCUUCCACUUAUGGAAGUGGUUUUGGUGGUGGCUCUUGCCAGCUGGGAGGAGGUCGGGGUAUAUCUAGCUCCUCAUCUAGGUUUGUGUCCUCUGGGUCACUGGGGGGCUAUGGUGGUGGAAUGAGCUGUGGCUUUGGUGGAGGAGCUGGUAGUGGUUUUGGUGGCGGCUUCGGUGGUGGUGCUGGAGGUGGAUAUGGAGGUGGAUAUGGAGGUGGAUAUGGAGGAGGCUUUGGUGGUGGCUUUGACUUGGGUGGUGGAGAGGGUGGCCUCUUGACCGGCAAUGAGAAGAUCACCAUGCAGAACCUCAAUGACCGCCUGGCCUCCUACCUGGACAAAGUGCGGGCUCUGGAGGAGGCCAAUGCUGACCUGGAGGUCAAGAUCAGGGACUGGCAUCUGAAGCAAAGUCCCUCAAGCCCCGAGCGGGAUUACAGCCCCUAUUACAAGACCAUUGAGGAGCUCCGGGAAAAGAUCCUGGCAGCCACUAUUGACAACUCUCGGGUCAUUCUGGAAAUUGAUAAUGCCAGGUUGGCUGCUGAUGACUUCAGGCUCAAGUAUGAGAAUGAACUGGGCCUGCGCCAGAGUGUGGAGGCUGACAUCAAUGGCCUGCGCAGGGUGCUGGAUGAGCUGACCCUCUCCAAGACAGACCUGGAGAUGAAUAUUGAGAGCUUGACUGAGGAGUUGGCCUUCCUCAAGAAGAACCAUGAAGAGGAAAUGAAGGAAUACAGCAACCAGGUGGUUGGCCAGGUCAAUGUGGAGAUGGAUGCUACUCCUGGCAUUGACCUGACCCGUACGCUGGCUGAAAUGAGAGAGCAGUAUGAAGCCUUGGCAGAGAAGAACCGCCGAGAUGCCGAGGCCUGGUUCCAACAGAAGAGUGAAGAGCUGAACAGGGAGGUCACUUCUAACACCGAAAUGAUCCAGACCAGCAAGACCGAGAUCACAGAACUGAGACGUACACUCCAGGGGCUGGAGAUUGAGCUGCAGUCCCAGCUCAGCAUGAAAGCUGGGUUGGAGGGUACUGUGGCAGAGACGGAGUGUCGCUACGCCAUGCAGUUGCAACAGAUCCAGGGGCUCAUCAGCAGCAUCGAGGCCCAGCUGGGUGAUCUCCGGAGUGAGAUGGAGUGUCAGAACCAGGAAUAUAAGAUGCUGCUCGACAUCAAGACCCGGCUAGAGCAGGAGAUCGCUACCUACCGCAGUCUGCUGGAGGGCCAGGACUCCAAGAUGACAGGCUUCCCCAUCUCUGGAACAGUCUCUGGUACCAGCAGUGGUUCUGCAGGUGUUUCCGUCAGCACCCGCCGGACUUCAGAGACCCGGAAGCCAUAAAUCUGCCCAGUCUUUGGCCCCCUCCUCUCUCUACCAGUCACAACACGUGAGAAGUCAAGAGGAAAUGAAAGAUCCUAAGCUUCAGUCGAGUGGGCACCUGCUCAGCCCACCCAACUUCCUCUACUCACUGUCCCUGGUCACUCACCAGAGGAAGGCUAAAGAUGAGGGUUCCUCUCUUGGUCAGCGGCUUCUCCAGUCUCAUUGUGAUGUUCCCUUUCAGGAAAGGGGAGGGAAUUCUUCCACCUCUCUCUCUCUCUCUCUCUCUCUCUCUC